AAUAUUCCUCUCCUUCUCCCCACCCCCUGCAUAUACACCACUACCCACAUGGCUGAUGUCUCUCUCCUGUCGUUGCAGAUGGCGCGUCUCCUGGUGUUCCUGUGGGCGCUGGUGGGAGUGGGCUGGGCCUGUCCACACAAGUGCCGGUGUUCCCUCGACGAGCGAGGGCGGCGCGGCGUGCGGUGCGAGGAGGGCGGCAUGGGCGACCCGCUGCCCGUCAUGGGUCUUCGCACCGACACCGAAGUGCUGGUGAUCUCGGCGCCGCCCAGCCGCCCCAACAGGUUCACGCUGGGGCCCAUCUUCAAGCGGCUGCGGCAGCUGGAGGAGGUGCACAUCACGCACUCUAAGAUCCCUGCCCUGGGCGCCCACUCCUUCUGGGGCCUCCAUCGCCUACGCGUCCUCAACCUCACCCACAACCAAGUGUCCACCCUCAUGGACACCAACUUCAAGGGCGCAGACUCCCUCCACCACCUCGACCUGAGUCACAACCGCAUCCAGUCCGUGCCGUCGGCCGUGUUCCGCCACGUGCGCCACCUCCGCUCCCUCUCGCUGGCACACAACCUCGUGCCGGAGCUCGUGUCCAGGAUCUUCUUCGGCCUCACCCGCCUGGAGCGCCUCGACCUCAGCCACAACCCUCUCCUCGACCUUCAGCCGGAGAGGUUCACCGACGUGCCGGAGGUGCGGCAGCUGUUCUGUGCCGGCUGUCACCUCAGCUCCAUCAGCACAACGCUGCUGCAGACACUGCCGCUGCUACACGAGCUGGACCUGCGGGACAACCGCCUCACACAAGUGCCUCUUGGGGUCGCCUCGAGCGUGCUGCUGAACCUGGUCACGCUGCGCCUAGACGGGAACCACAUCUCGUUCGUGGAGCGAGGCGCCAUCUCAGGGUCGCCACUCACUACCCUUGGUCUCUCCCACAACCGCAUCAGCCGCGUGGAGCCUCACGCCUUCGCCAACAGCACCGUGAAGCACCUCGACCUGUCCUACAACCGCCUCUCCCAGCUGGAGCCAAGCGCUCUCCACGACGUCCUGCACCAGUUGCACGACAUUCAGCUGUCCGGCAACUCCCUGCAGGUGGAGCAGCUCCUUAACGUGCUGCCCAAGGCCCGCCAGCUGCGCCACCUGGGCCUCGGCGACAUGGGCCUCACCAACCUACCGCCAGACCUCUUCCGACACUCGCGUCACCUCCACCACCUCAACCUGUCAGCCAAUUACCUCACAUCCUUUUCCACGGAGAUCCUGCACAACGCCAAGCACCUCCAUUCUCUCGACCUCUCGCUGAACAACUUCCGUGGCCUCGACAGCGCCUUCUUCGACUCCGUGACGCGGGCGUCUCAGCUGCGCGUCCUCCGCCUGGAAGGGAACCCUUGGCAGUGUGACCAGUGCCACGCGGGGCCGCUGCUCCGCUGGCUGCAGGACGCACCCGACCAGGAGUCUGGGUGUGCCGAGCCGCGAGUGUGGACGUGUCUCAGGUGUAUCGGUCCUCAGGGCGUGGCUGGCUUACAGCUCGGCCUGCUGCCGCUCGGGGACCUGCCUGCCUGCCCCUUCACCACGCCCGCCGCCGUGGCCAUCAUGCCCACGUGGGUAGAGCCGUCCCUCAGCGUGAUGACGGAGGAGCCGGCCUUCCCGCGCAGUGACCUCACGCGGCAGGCCGACGCCGAGAUGGGCUGGGGACUGAACGGCAUGGUGCGGGAGGAGAUGUACCUGCUGGUGGUGGGUGGCGUGGUGCUGCUGCUGCUGCUGCUGGUGUUGGUGGUGAUCGGAGUCGUGGUGUACAACAAGCACUCCGCCUCCUACUACACCAACGAGAAUGACCCCGAGAAAAAGGAGAGGCUCAUGAAGAGCAAGAACAGCAACAACAACACCAAGACGCCCACCAAGACCCCGCUGGACGCCACCAUCGCCACCAUCGACGAGAUGACCAACAUCGCCGGCUCCCACGAGGUGCUGGAGGACGACAACGCCCCCACCCCCAACCACGCCCCCGUCCCGCCCCCCGCCAACCCGCCCAACAACCUCCAAUCCCCGGACGUCCAACCAACGCAGCCCCCAGACCUCAACCUGACCCACAACCACACACCGGCAGUCAACCACAGCAUAGAAAUGAACCACAUCCCAGGCUACAACCAGAACCAGCCGCCCGUCCCGCCCCCGCCCGAAGACACCUCCACCACCCCGGCACUUUAAUGUGGGAGAGGGUAUCUGGGGUGCCUGGGGCGGAGCAGUGCCCGUACAGUGUUAAGUAAGAACGGACUUUAGGCUUUCCGGUGUGCAGGGAGAGCAGCGGUGUAUUACGCAACCCGAAAUAUCAAAUUCUUCCUAACGCGGCAAGGCUGUGAGCGUUGCCGGGAAGGAGCCGCGUCGCGCAGUGUUGCUCUCUGGUAUGUGGUCGACGGGAGGAGCUGACGUGCAGGGGGCGGCGAACCGUGUCACUAACUCGCCCUUGUGACGGGGAGAGAACAAGUCAUAUCAUUCACCCAUAUCUGAGAGGGGAGGCGGCGAGGCACGUCUCUAGCCAUCUAGGUGAGGAGGAAGGAGCAAACAUGUCACUCACCAUCCACGUUAAUUAAACAAAGAAUACCCUCGCCAUGUUGUGUAUGAAGCGACAUUGAUCAGUUGCUGUUGCCGUGACGAUACCCUUUUCCAAAAAAACUUUCAUUAUCUUUGGCAUAAAAAAAUAAUUGAUUCAAGUUUAGAGCCAAAACUUCGUCAUUAUUUUUUUUGUUCUCAUUUCCUGUAAUCAGUUGCCUCCUUCACAACCCUUGACAAGAUUCUGCUCUGUUCUGAGUGUAAAAGGAUCUUGUAAUCCUAUUAUGACAGCCCCGAUCAAUCUACAGUGAAGUUUAUUUUCAUAUCAAGCUCAAAAAAAUAAUUUGUUUACCAAUUCAAAUAACUCGAAAACUGUUUAUAAACCUAAGGGUCUUUCUUAGUUGGAACUUACGAAAAUUAACCAACUAAUUUAAAUCACCGAGAAAAUGUGUGCAAAUUUUCUGGGCUUUGAAAUUACGCAAAAAAUAUAUUCCUCAACAAAAGGUUUCUCGGCGCAUCAGAUGUUGCAAGACAAAGAACGCGCCAAAGAAAAGUUCGGCCGCAAAGUUUUCCAGGAACCAGCCGCCAAAGUUGCUGUGGCGCCUUUCCCUUCCCCCUCCCCCCCUCCUCCACUCAACCCACGCCAGGGACCACCACCACCACCGUCACCACCACCUCCGCCGCAGCCCCUCCGGACGUGACCGCUGACCAGAGGCUGUCUUCCACAAAGUAUAAGUUUUAGGCUCCGACUCUGGAUGUGUGAUUCGUAGAUGACGUUCAUGAUGUGACCUGAAUCGUCUUGAGUUUUUUGAGUUCCUUGCGUACAGAAAGAGAGAAAAAAACAUUAUAUAUAUAAAGCGAGAUUAUGUAAAAACCGAAAACCCAAAAAAAAAGAUGGAGGGGAAAAUCAUGCCUUUCAUAAUAUAUAUAUUGAGUGUGUCGCCGUUCCUACAAGUGUUGACUCUCGUACUCGUGUUUUUGUACAGUGCAGAAGAAGUGAGUGGACUAUUUUUUCACACUGUCGUAGUAGAGGUAGUAGUGCGCAUGCGCGGCGGCGGGGGACGAGGCAGGGUGCAGCGAAGACCAGUGUGCGCGUCACUCUGUGGGAGGAAGGAAGAGUACGGAGAAAGACCGUAGACAAGAAAUAGAAACGGAGAAGGGUCAUCAACUGUAGGAAGAGAAUACAAGAAUGAAGGAAGAAAGAACGGAUGGAUAACAAGGGGAGUGAGUAAAGUAGAAGAAAGGAAGAGUAAGGAGAAAGAUAUAGACAGAAGAAACAGAAACAGAGGAGGGUCAUUAACUGUAGAAAGAGGAAAAUACAAGAAUGAAGGAAGGAAGAACGGAUGGAUAACAAGGGGAGUGAGUGAAGUAGAAGAAAGUAAGGAGAAAGGAAGAAAACCAAACGAGUCCAGGGAAAAAAAGGAGGAAUGGAUAAAAGAGUAAGAUAUAAAAUGGAAGGGAGGAAAGAGGGAGGGAAGGAAUGGAUCAAUUAAAAGACGAGAAAAAUAUAGUAAGGAAGGAAAAAAUGGAAGGAAGGUAAACAAAGUACGGGUAGAAAGUGGAACAAAUAAAGAAAAAAAGUGGAGAAGGAAAAAAACAUCCAGAAAACCAAGGAGGAGAAAACGGGAAAGAAGAAAAUUAAUCGAGCAUUAUAGGAAGAAAAGUAAGAAAGGAAGGAAAGGAGAGGCGAGGGAAGUAAACACUGGUCCAGCCUAAGACGCCCCCCUCCCCCACCCCCCCUUAAGCCGCGCAUUUUGUAGUGAGAAAAACAGAACCAGAGAGAACCAGGCUGUCUUUUUAGGAGUGACUGUGACAACCAUAGAAAUAAAGGAAAGACUGAAAUGAAAAAUAAAGUAAAUGAUAAUGAUAAUGAUGAUGAUGAUGAAAAAAAAGACAAUGAAAGGGAAUGACCAACAGUGUAUUAUUAUUAUUAUUAUUAUUAUUAUUAUUAUUAUUAUUAUUAUUAUUAUCAUUGCAUCAUUGUUGUGCUAGUCACCUAAAUUGUUUUAUAAAUAAAUAUAUAAAUAUCUAUGAAAUUAUAUACGACACAGUGGACCCAAAAAUGCCUGAGGAGGGAGGAAAAAAUAAGAUGUUGGAGGAGGAGGAGGAGGAGGAGGAGGAGGAAGAGAAGAAGGAGGAAGAGGAAGAGGAAGUAGGAGAGAAAAGUUAAAAAAAGAGGGAUAAGAGGGUAGACAUAGGAGUAAGGAUUAUUAGAAGGAAAAAUGGGAGAAAAAAAAGUUGAGAAUAGGAGAUUAAGAACUAAAGGGAGAGUAAAACAUGAGAAGCAAUUAAAGAAGAAGAUGAAAAAGCAGGAGGAAGAAAAGGAGAAGGAAGAGGAGGAGAAAGUAGUGAAGAAAAGUUAGAGAGAAAAAGGAAGGAGGAGGAGGAGUAAGGAAGACUAAAAUUGGAGAGAAGAGUAAGAAGGAAAAAAAGGAAGAUACACAGGAAGAGGAGGAAAACGUAGAGAAGAGUUAGAGAGAAUAAGCAAGGAGGAGGAGGAGGAGGAGUAAGGAAGACUAACAUUGGAGAGAAGAGUAAGAAGAAAAAAAAGGAAGGAAGAGAGGAGUUUAAGGAAGAGGAGAGGAUAUGGGCAGGAGGAAGGGACAAAAAGAAAAACAAUAACAGUAAAAGGAAGAGUAGAAAUGAGGGUAAAGAAUCAUAAUCAUAAAAAAAAGAAAAUUGAGAAUAGAAAAAAAAAUUAUAAAACUGUUCUGUUGCUAGUCCGGCGCGCGAGGGACAUUACAUAAUAAAACUAAUACCAUUAAUAAUACCACCACAAUAAACUUUAAACUUUAAUUAUCUGAAGCGAGGAGGGGAAGAGAGGAGAAGGAGGCUGGAGGAAGGAGAAGGGGAGUAGGGACAUGAAGAAAGGGAGAG